UUGCCAGGGCUAGGGUUCUUCGAUGGGGCUCAAGCUGCGAGCAGUGCCGAUCACGGAGGUGAAUUUCCGGCCUUUUGGCCAGCUCCUGGGAAAGAUCGGCGACGGAUGCGAGUAUGGAUCGGGAGACGCGCAGCUCAAUCUCGCGAAUGGGAUUCCCAGAUUCUACCUCAUGGAGCUCAAGAAAACGGGGCUGCGAUUCAAAAGGAUAACGCAUCACGCCAGGGUGACGCAGUGUCUGGGAUCAGUGGGAGCUCAUCCUUGGUACAUGGCGGUCUCUCUUCCCAGCAUUGUGGAUCCUUCAUCGCAACACGAGGGCGCUGUUCGAUCCAACGCUGGUGGCCACUCCUAUUUACCUCCCUCUCAUGCAAGCGUCCAGGUUUUCAAGAUAGAUGGUCCUCGCUUCAUCAAGCUAAACGAAGGAACUUGGCACGCUGGUCCUCUCUUUGGCGAUCGAGAUUCGAUGGUCUUCUACAACUUGGAGCUCAGUGACACCAACGUUGUGGAUCACACUACCCACGUGUUUGAGGACGACGUACUGAUCGAAGAUUGAGAAAAGCAAAUGGUGGAAAUGAAACAAGUUCUUUGCGAGCUAAGAAUUUCAUGUCCCUUGCCAUCAAGUUGUCGAGGAGCUCCUUUUGUGCCUCGGGACAUUGACUAGUAGUUACAAAAGGAGGCUGAUGAUCCUGGUCGGAAGAAAAUUUACGAACGGGAUGACUCCCA